CAUUGGCAUCUUUGAUUUCGAUACCGAAACGACCCGUAUCCUUGUUAAUUCGUUCAACUCCGCCGAUUCUUCUCUUCCUUCAUACCCAUACCCAUACCCAUACUCAUUAUCUUCUCUUUGCUCAUAAUUUCUAAAACCUCUUUUUUAAUGUACCUGCCUAUUAUGUAGGUAUUUAAUUGUACCCCCGGAAGCCCUAUACACCACCGAAUAUCGACCAACAAUCCCUUGAUGGAUAUCACACCCGUAUCUACCGACUUGUAUUAGCAUCGAUAGUAAAAGACCGUGCCGCGCCAGGGCGUGGUGUGCUAGGGACGGGGACGAGACCGACUCGCGCCAUAUAAAGACAAGCCAUAAGCGAGGCCGAGUAGGACGAAGACGGAACCGUUACGAUCAUGCCCGAGAAGCCCCUUACUGUCGUUAAGUAUGCGGCAGGCGCAUCACUCGCUGCCAUCACGCUAUUUUACGUUUUUGCCCCCAACUAUUUCUUAGAUGGCGACUCCAACUCGGCGCGCAAGAAGGGUGCUGUAGUAGGACUAUCCAACCCUGCAAACGAUUGCUUCAUCAACUCCAUCCUCCAAGCCCUCGCCGGCCUCACCGACCUCCGAAUCUACCUUAUCCGAGAAAAUCACCGAAGACGCAUAGAUGAGCCUUGGGUAUAUCAAGGAAUAGUGGAAGAUCCGGCAUACAAAAAUACACCGGAGUGGAAAACGCAGGGCUUGCAGGCUGGUCUUGUCACUAGGGGUCUUAAGGAUAUCCUUGACAGUCUCAAUGAACGGCCUAUCUAUAAGAAAACAAUUUCUGCCGCACCCUUCAUUAGGGUUUUAGAAAAUGCAUUCAAGCAACGUAUCAGUAGGCAGCAACAAGACGCACAAGAGUUUUUACAGGUUGUGGCGGAGCGAUUAUGCGACGAAUACCAUGCUGGCCGGAGGGCUCGACAAGCAGCGAGGAAGAAGAGUGGUAUAGAAGCCUCAUCGAAUAGAUCAGAACCAGUUGACGGGGAUGCUGUCGAGGAACGUCUAGCAAAGCUAGCCGCCAAUGGAGAUGCCGAUCCCGGCACACCGAAUGGAAGUGCACUUAAGAUAGAGGUAGACGCACUCGCCUCAAGGAGCGAGGACGAAGAUGGGUUUCCGAUGGAAGGCAAAUACGAAAGUCAAAUCGAAUGUCAGACAUGUGGUUUUAAGCCGAAGCCAACGGAGAGCACGUUCUGCACAUUAACCCUAAAUGUACCACAGUCUAGCUCGACGUCGUUAAAUGCUUGCUUGGAUGGCUUCUUUAAGACGGAAUAUAUCGACGACUUUAAAUGCGAUAAGUGUCGUCUUGUAAAUGCGAAAGGGUUAUUGGAAGCCCGGAUGUUACGAUCAGAUUCCGAAACCUACAAGUUCGAUAUGCGAGAAGCGAUUGAGAAGCUACAACAUGCCAUCGAUACCGACCCCGAGCACCCACCAACGGACGUUGAACUACCACCAAUGCGAGACGCACCGACAUGUAAGAUCGCUAAACACACACGGUUAACAGGCUUUCCGAAGAUUAUGGCGAUCCAUCUUUCCAGAUCCAUUUAUAACAGCAUCUCGCAGAAGAACUCGGCUAAAGUAUCCUUUCCCGAACAACUAGUAAUGGGUGGCUUGCUCAGCCGCAAAAAGUACAAAUUGCUUGGUACGGUUACUCACAAGGGUAGCCAUCACAGUGGACAUUACGAAUCCUUCCGUCGCCAGAACGUGUCCAUACCUUUUUCUACACCAAAUGCUUUCCAAGGGUCUGGUGUUUUUACCAAAUCUGCUACACCAAGCCCAGCUUCGACUCCCCGGGUUGCUGCUAUCCGAAAAUCGGGGGAACCUAGUCCCAUAGUCUCUACUCCAGAUCUUACUUCGUCUUCGUCCUCUUCAAAUCAAUCCGUUGAUGGUUUUCCUCGACCGUCGACCGAUUCACUGCCUUUAACCUCUCCGACUUCUAAUAGAAGAUCAUGGUCUCGUCGCAGCCCUACUUCGUCUACAAAAGAUCGCGAUUCGGAUACCAUCAGCCUUAGGUCGGUUGUGGCAUCUGCCCGAUCAACAAUGUCAAAGAUAUCACAUUCGGCUAGGAAUAGUAGACCGGGUAGCCCCUCCGGGAAGACGCCAGUUGCCCCAACGACAAAUGGGAAAGCGGUUACACCAAAGCCGAACGGAGCCAAACCGAAACGUCGCAAGCAGAACGAUCGGUGGUGGCGGAUAAGUGACGAGAAGAUCAAGGAAGCUAAGACGAGCGAGUUGCUAGGGAUGCAACGAGAGGUUUAUUUGCUCUUCUACGAAUUAGAGCGCGAGGGUCCGGCGGAAUCGUAGCAGGAUGUAAGCCGACUCUUGGAAGACAUUACACAGGCAGCGUCUUAUGACCCCUCCGAAGAUGAACGAGAUGAUCCAUACUUUGAAUACCGAUCUCAGCAGAGUGUCGGUGGACGUAUUGAGGAACGCGUGGAAUGAGUACAU